CCCACCCCUCCGGCCCAGACCGGAAAUGAGGUCAGAGAGGGAAACCCCGGCGGUGAGAGUCGGCCCAAACAGCGGCGGCCGUUCGAGGUGGCUGCGGCAGCUGAUGUGGCCUCAUGGAUGAGCUGGUACACGACUUAGCAUCAGCCUUGGAGCAGACAUCUGAGCAGAAUAAGCUUGGUGAGCUGUGGGAGGAGAUGGCCCUGAGCCCCCGGCAGCAGAGGCGGCAGCUUCGGAAGCGCCGAGGUCGGAAGCGUCGUUCUGACUUCACUCACCUGGCAGAGCAUACUUGCUGCUACAGCGAGGCCUCUGAGUCAAGUCUGGAUGAGGCCACUAAGGACUGCCGAGAAGUGGCUCCCGUGACCAAUUUUAGUGACUCUGAUGACACAAUGGUAGUCAAACGACACCCAGCUCUCAAUGCCAUUGUUAAGAGUAAGCAACAUUCUUGGCAUGAAUCUGACUCCUUUACUGAAAAUGCACCUUGUCGACCACUCAGGCGCAGGCGGAAGGUGAAGCGAGUGACAUCAGAGGUGGCUGCUAGCCUUCAGCAGAAGCUGAAGGUGUCAGAUUGGAGCUAUGAGAGAGGCUGCAGGUUCAAGUCUGCCAAGAAGCAACGUCUGUCCCGCUGGAAGGAGAAUACUCCUUGGACCUCAUCAGGCCAUGGAUUGUGUGAAUCAGCAGAAAAUAGGACUUUCCUAAGCAAAACAGGAAGGAAAGAAAGGAUGGAGUGUGAAACAGAUGAACAAAAACAGGGCUCUGAUGAGAACAUGUCAGAAUGUGAAACCAGCAGUGUGUGUAGCAGCAGUGACACUGGGCUCUUUACCAAUGAUGAAGGGCGACAAGGUGAUGACGAGCAGAGUGAUUGGUUCUAUGAAGGAGAAUGUGUACCAGGAUUCACUGUCCCUAAUCUUCUGCCCAAGUGGGCUCCUGAUCAUUGCUCUGAAGUAGAAAGAAUGGAUUCUGGAUUGGAUAAAUUUUCAGAUUCCACAUUCCUUUUACCUUCUCGGCCAGCUCAAAGAGGGUACCAUGCUCGCUUGAAUCGUCUGCCUGGAGCGGCAGCUCGAUGCCUCAGAAAGGGGCGAAGAAGGCUGGUUGGGAAGGAGACCAGCAUAAACACCUUGGGUACGGAGAGGAUAAACCAUAUCACUAGUGACCCUCGGCAGAAAGAAAAGAAUAAAGCGUUGGCUUCUAAUUUUCCUCACAUUUCUGCUUGUACACAUGAGUUCAAUCCUCUGUCUCCCCUUUACUCCCUGGAUGUUCUUGCCGAUGCUUCUCACCGAAGGUGUUCACCAGCACACUGCUCUGCCAGACAGGCAAAUGUACACUGGGGACCACCAUGUUCACGUGACAUCAAGAGGAAGCGGAAACCAGUGGCCACAGCAUCUUUGUCUAGCCCCAGUGCAGUUCACAUGGAUGCAAUGGAGCCAGCCACACCAGCACCACAAGCCCCGAAAUCACCCAGCUCUGAGUGGUUGGUCAGGACCCCUGCAGCAGAGAAAGCCACAGACCCGACUUCUGCUACAUUUUUUAAAAUGCCACAAGAAAAGAGCCCUGGAUACAGCUAGAGAGCAAGACUUCACCCUCCAGGAGCUGACUGGAUGUUGCUGAAGCAAAUGGUGGACUUUGUGUUAGAUAGUCUUUCAUAUCUUAUUCGACAUUCCUAGUCCUUUCACCACCAGAACCAACUCCUCUUCAAACGCAGCGGUGGACUCUUUCUCUCAGAAGAUCACGUUGUGGGAAUCUUUUUUUUAAUUAGUGAAGUAUUGAGGCAGUAAUUUUUUACAAAAAGGUCAUCCUCUGCUCUGUUUGUUACCUUGUUAUUGCUGUCUCAACAUUUACUACAGCUCCACUGACAGAGCUGUUGCUUUUUUGCAGUUGUCUUUGUUCUUGAAAAACCAGUUACUGCUUUUGCAUACCUUUUGUGUAGAGCUUUUAAUAUCAUUUGAGGAAGUUCCAAACUUGUAGCCAGUUCCAAAGAGAUUUAACUCCGGAGUUGAGGCCUGUAUGGAAUUGUGUUUGUAGGACAGAAGGCUUGCCUUUGACCCUACUCUUGAUUCACGCAGAGUGCCAAUAAGAUAAAUCAACCAAGUUCUCAGUUUGGAGCCUCAAAAGAGACACCAGCAACUGGGCCUUGAGAACUUCCAUUUUUCUGCAGAUGGUCUGCAGAAACUCAGACAGCUCAUCAGCAGCAGCAGCUGUAUUGUAUUUUACCUCAUCUUCAGAGUUUAUGUUCUACUGAAAGAGGACGUGUGUAUACACACAUGCACACACACACAAAUUGGUUUAAUGGAGAAGAUGGUUUAGGUGUACAGCAAAUUUAAAAUAGUCAGUGGAUUGUGUCUUACUACUUCAUGUCCCAGUGUAAGCCUUUAUGUCCUAAGCAGGACUUUAUUGUUAGUAUUAUAGGUUAAUAACCUGCAGCAGAAAUUCGCACUCUGUUAUAAUAAUGGCUUCUUGGAGCCAUGCUUUGGGGAGGUAAAAUGUCUUUUUGACAUGCCUUUAUACUUGGCGUGUUUAUGAUGGCUCAGCUGCAUGUGGAGUUAUAUAUACAGUCGUGCCUGAAGUUGGAUGCUACUUUGUCAAAGUGAGAAAUAAGUGAUGGCCUGGAGCUGCUAGAGAGAAGCCAUGCUUUCUGAAAAGUAUUAUCAAGCGUGUCUGUCAUUCAUUCAGGGGCCUGGAUGACAGAAGGGCUCUUUUUUUAUACCAAUGAGUGUGUUUACUCUGAAAUGCAUGGAAGCUCUUUGUGAAGUGCUCCCUGCUCUGGUCACAUUGUAGAGGGACUCCCACUCAUGUACCUGCUUAUUUUCUGUCUUAAAUAGUGCUGAAUGGGGCAGCGCCUCCUUUCCCUGAAGUGUGAUUGCCCCUGUUUCCCAUACAAAGUGUAAUGAUGGGUUGCUUUAUCAUGUUCCCUUUUAAAAUGAUCGUUCUUAUCAAUGGAAACUCCACAUUUCUUUAUUGAUGCAUCAAGUAGGGAGGUGGGUGGGAGGAAUCUAGUUGGAAAAAGGGACUUGAAGCUAAGUUUCCAUGGCACUUUAAGUAAGACUGAGAACAUGUCAACUGUUCAUAAUCAGGACUGUGGUAGAGGGAGGUGCAGGUGGAGUUGAUGGGGCGGGAGAGUGCUGAAGCCAGCCCAGCAUGCCUGUAAGUUGCCCCUGGUUCUCACGCAGCAGUGUGCUUCCCUUCCCUGUGGGCCGUACCCCACAGGGCAUAGAAAAUAGAAUGUCUGUUGAAUAGAAAAUGGUACCACUGAAUUGUUUUAGUGAUGAGGUUAGAUUUUAUUGUCAUGUGCAUUGUCACCAUAGUGACCCAUGGCAUCUAUUUUUAACAUACUUGGUUGGGGUUGAGAGAAAUCUAUGGACGUAAUUUUUUUCUUGUGUCAAGCUCUAUAACUCAUGCAGCAAUUGGUCCGAUGGUCAUGGCCUAUUAGUGAAAACCUCGAGAGGUCAGGUGGCCAAGGUGUUCCCACAUCUUUUUUAUAUAACUUGUUGCCUAAUAGUCCUCUUUUCUGCCUAUGAUUAAAAGUAAUUUUUAUAUACAACAUUACUUACAUUUCAAACAUCUCUACGAAGUCAUGCCAUUUUAAGGAGAUGAAAAUAGUCACAGAGUUAAGUGACUUGUUCCAAAUCACAUAAGUAAGCCAGGACUAGAACCCCAGACUUUCAGAGUUUCUCUGCCCUGGGUUAUAAUCUCUUGUUUAACAGUGAUAGACCUGAUUCAGUCUGAGAUGCUUAUUUAUGAAACAGUAUACCAUGAAUAUUUAUUAUCUUUCUCAAGCAUGCUUUUCUACAUAUUUUGAAUCCUUUCAACAGGAAUUGCCCAAGAAUGCAACAUCUACCUGUAAUAAAUGGGGAGAAAAUUAGUUGCCUGAGAGAAUAGAAUAUUAAGCACACAAAUACUUUCCAACACAGGGUUGUAAAUUGCACUCCUCAUUUUAAGGUGCUGUAUGUGCAUGUUUAAGGAAUUAUUAAUGUAUUCUGCUUGCUUUCUGUAUUAACCAGUUCCAGAGGAUAGCCUUAGAAUUGAGUGUAUUUUGAAUCUUAACACUUAAAGUUUCUUAUAUGUGGCAUAGUGUACAAUGUCAUAAAUUAAGAAAAAUCUAUAAUCUUUUGAAGAAGUUACGUAGUUUCAAAAAUCAGGUUUUGUAAUCAGUGUUGAAAAAACUCUGAAAUAUGACUUGCUUUGAGGAUGAUCCUUGAGCUCAUGUAUUUGAUCUGCUCAAAACUAAUAACUAAAGCUGAGUUAAACAGUUUUUAUUUAUUUCAGGGUUCUGAUUUAUCCCAGCUGGCUAUACAAAUGGCCUGUCUGAAUCCUAAUCUUGUGUGUUUUCCACGAUGGGCAGAGUCAAAACAUUAACUGCUCCUGUAAGGAUCAUUAAUAGAAAGUUAGUUUUAAUUAUGAGUUUAA